AUGCUGGGAAAGACGAAUGAGAAAUAUUGUAAAGCCAUAGAAAACUUGGCUUACUUUGCACAAGAUUUUCUAGACCGCAAAAGCGACAAGGAUGCAAGAGAAAUCUUAAAUUCAGAAACAUUUUGGUUCCUCUUGAGGCCGAUUCAUCAAACAAAUGAAACUUUAAGCGACACAAACAGCAGAAGUUUUACUUACAUAAUGAUGGAUGACUUCUUGUUAUAA